AUGGCCCCAGAUUAUGCAACAAAUCGAAUCCCAGUCAUCAUUGACACGGAUCCCGGCGUCGAUGAUAUCAUUGCAAUGUUCGUCCCUAUUUUCACUCUGCAGUUCCGUGAACCUAAUGCAUCGACCAGCCUCCUAGCCAUCGCAUCGCCUGAGUUGGACAUCCUAGCUUACAGCAUUUCCUAUGGCAAUACGGACAUAGAAUCAUCUUGGUCAAAUGUCUCCAAAGCUUAUCGCGCUAUUGAUCUUCAUUUGAAGAGCAACCCGUCGGACAAGGCCCGAUUUCCCAACUUUGACGCGAAACGGAGACCCCUCUUGGCUAGAGGACCCUCUGGACCCCUCGAAGGGGAACUCCACAGUGCGGAAUAUUUCCAUGGCAGGUCGUUAGCAGAGCUUUUUGGAAGAGAUGGGCUAGGCGAUAUCGGCAUUCGUCAUCCUGAGUUAUCCCUGGAAGCUUCCCUCGAUACACACCCGUACUUUCAGGUGUCAAGUCAAUCUGGCGUCGGCAUUGCCCUCGAUAUCCUUCGUUCUUACCCCGCCAGGAGCGUGACUUAUAUUGCUUUGGGGCCUCUUACGAACUUGGCUUUAAUGAUGCGUAAAGAUAGUCAGCUAGUGACUGACCGCGUCGGAAGGAUCGUCUGCAUGGGGGGUGCACUAGAUGUUCCAGGCAACACCAGUCCUGUUGCUGAGUUUAAUUUCUUUGCUGACCCUUACGCAGUGAAAGAGCUCCUGUCUACGCCUCUGCAUAGAGGACUGCCAUUAGACCGCUUUCUCAUGCUCCCACUUGACAUUACGACACCUCACGAACUUCCAUUCGAUAUUUAUCAAAAGGAGGUUGACCCUACAUUCGAGAACACAAACACACCGUCUAAUGCCAAGGGGAAAUCUCCGCUGACGCAUUUCACAAGUUCUUUCCUUGAAAGGACCAGGGAAAUUAUGCUACAGUUCGGGAAAGACGCAAUGGAACUCCAUGACAUCGUUGCCGUCUGGUGUGCAAUCGAGAACCCACCAUUUCCAGAUACAGUGCCGAUGGCGCUUGCCCCGGGAUGGGAGGGAGCGCGUCGUGAGUUCCAGAUUGAGAGAACUGGGGAAAUAACUCGCGGCAUGCUGGUUACCGAUCGACGAGAGGACGAAUCAGCUUACCCUCUGGGUACCAAUCGGUCUGAAGCUCAGAGAGACCCCAGUGAAGACCACCACCACAUUGGAUAUCCUGUCUCAAACAAAGCCAAUGGCGCUGUCUGUGACGAACUUUCGGGGGUUCUAUGUAUAAACAGGACGCCAGGUCCUGCGGUAUUGUUGAAGUUAUUGUUGCACAGAGUCUGGGGCCGCAUGGUUGCUUGA